ACUGGCGGCGCCGCGGGGUCUAAAGUUCAGCUAACAGCGUCACCGGCUCCUCGCAGGUAGUUAGCUCCGCGUCUGGAGACGUUCGCCCGCCGGGGGUCUCAAUGGCAGCUGUGUGCCAGCCACGACGUGUCCUGGUGGAGAUAACUCCUCCACAACCCAAAAUUGCAGCUCGAAUGAGGAGGUCCUAUCUGGAGAUCCUGAGUGCUCAGUUGGCCCCCUCUCCACUUCCGAGAGGGAGAAACGCAACUGCUAACGUAAAGCGCGGCCACUCACUGGACUUAUCCAUCAGGGGCGUGUGGAGUGGAAGGAUCGAGGAGCAAUGUGAGAAGAUGGAUGAGCACCACACCCCUCUCUCUAAACAGCAGCUCGUCCAGCUGAUCCGAUCCCUCAUCUUGGUGGAGCAGGUACCCGUCCUCGCCAUUCACGCGAGCGUCGUGACGAGGUUUCGGUCGCCACACGCGCAAUGUGAUCUGAAAUAUCGAUGCGUUGCAUCCCAGAGCCACGAGCCCAGGAUCCUGGCCUCCGGCCUGAAGUACCUCCAGGAGGACCUGCAGCUAAAGAAAGCGAAUGUGUACCGGUCCAUACCGUACUGGCGGCUCGGCUCCAACAGGGACGCCCGCUGCUACAGGAAAGCGUAUCCUCACCUGGUGGCGUUCAAAGUUUCUUGUCAGGAGUGGGGCCAAGUUCUCCUGAGGAACAAAGAGUGGGACGCUGUGUUGGAGCACACGCUGAUGGCGUGGCGCUUCACCAGCGAGCUGCCCCGGUGGGACACGGCGAACCACAACGCUCUCCCAGAACAGUGUUACGGCAUUCUGGCCGCUCACAGCCUCGCCGCCCUCCAGCACCUCCACCCGGCACCCGACCGAGGACACGCGCUGCUCCGGAGGUUGAAUAUGGCUCAGUUGCACAGCCAAUCCAUUGUGCCUUGUAUUCAGGAGUUGGAGAGGAUGAUGCGACGUGCCGACGACUCCUCCACGGACACGAAAUAGCACGAGAUGCGCUCUUCAACCAGCUCAGUGAAAAAUGUGCUUUCUAGAUGAAUAAUGUUGGUGGUCCAGGGCCACUGGUCGUAUUUGUUUGGAAAAACUUUCCAGUUUUUGUCCAAAGGUCCGAGUAGCAACUUGAAAUGUGAAGGUUUUUUCUAAAGGUAAUAAAAACCACCCUCUUGUGUUGUCAAUGAAACAAAAACUUAAUUUAAUCACAAUGUGACUCUGGAUCAACUGUAUUGUACCAUUUGUGGCAUAGUACCACUCCACAUGUAUUUAUUCUGGCUGAACUUUAUCUCCAUAUUUUGCCUUACAAAAAAACAACCAGUCUGUUGCUGCCAGCGAUUUAUAUAUUUAAAAUGUUUGUAUGUUUUUAGAACCUUGUAUGAAAUCACUUUUGGAAUUUUGAAAGUACGGUGUGUGUGUGUGACCGCUCACAAUACUUGAAGCCUUUGCCGUCUUUGACUGCAGUUGUUUUAUAUGUCGUCUUGUCGAUGGAGAACGGUCCGUCGCUGAUUGUACUGUUGCUGUUUGUCCGGAAAACUUGAAAUCUUUGAUAAAAUAGAUACUUUCAAUAAAGAUGAAUUUGUACUUUUGAA